AUGCGUUCAAUGUGGAAAUCUCUUGCUCGUUACAAGAUUUGGUGCGUGGUACCCCGAUGUCAUUGAGUGAUAUUCCCUUGGAGUUAAAAAGUUUCAAAACAAAGAUGAUGGAUGCUAUAAGGAAUCUUCUCGGUGUUCCCAUUGCUCCACCUGAUCUAGCCCCUACAACCACUCUACACAAUCUUGCACCUACUGACAUAGAAUCUGUGGAGUGUACGGUUGGGGAUUCAGUAAGAGUUCCUGCCGUUGAUGCCGAUGAUGUUUCUGUUGGAGGUAUUGUUAACGCCUUUCCAUCGGAUCUUGUUGCUGUUGAUACGCACGUCGAUGCACCGGGUAAGGGAGAAGUUGCAAAGGAUCCAGCAUUGAGCAAUAUCAUCAUCACAUGUACCCUUGUGCCUUUGUCCAAAACAGCCCAAGUAGCAGAUGCAAAUUAUACGCAAGCAGACAUCUCACUAUCCUUUGAUAUCAUCCUGUCCUCUGCCCAUGCGAAUAUAGUGGAGUCCGAGUAUUGGGUUUCACCGCCGGUAGCUAAGUUUGCAUUUGCUCUUCUCUCUUGUGUCCAUCGUUGUACUCCACUUUGCAGGCUUAAUGAAGAUCUAUCAUCAAGUGGGCACAAUCUUUGGGUCAACAUUUUUUCUCCAGUCUCGAAGCAUGAGUGUGAACCUCCACCUUGAGGACAAGGUGGUUUUCUAAGGGGGU